AUGUCUUCUGUAAACAGCUUUUUAGACAAAAUAGUAAAUAAACUCCCUGAUUUUGGUGAGCCUCCGAGUCAUUGCGAAUCUUCAAAUACAAACAAAACACCUUCUAUUAACAGCACACAAGAGCAAUCACCGAUGUCUUUGGAAACUUUAAAAAAUGACGAUUCAAGACCGGAUUUAAAAAGAAAAAGAUCCGGCGACCUUUUGGUUUCAUCUCAAGACGCGACUCGUCCAUCAGAAGUAACUCCGCCGGUCAUUAAAAACGAAGACAAGACAGAGAAAUCACAAUCUUUAAUAACAACAAACGGAAAAAUCGUUGAAACUACAAAACCACAACUUAUAUACAUUCCUCUCCGAACAGGGUAUUGUUACGAUGUUCGUAUGCGUUACCAUGCAAAAAUCGUGACUUCUAAUUUCGACUAUGUGGACCCCCAUCCUGAAGACCCGCGACGCAUAUAUCGUGUGUACAAAGCACUUGCCGAAUCUGGUAUUAUCAUCGACCCUAAACUUGAGGGCCUCGACGAGGUUGGAAAUCUCAUGCAAAAAAUUCCUAUCCGAUUUGCUUCUGAUGAAGAACUGCUUUUGGUCCACACCCAAGACCACAUUGAUUUUAUAAAGUCAACUACGACAAUGACACGUGAACAAUUAAUAGAAGAAACAGAAAAAGGUGAUUCCGUAUAUUUUAAUAACGACUCCUAUACUUCCGCUCUUCUUUCCUGUGGAGGUGCUAUUGAGGUAUGCAAAUCUGUUGUUGAGCGCAAGGUUAAGAAUGCUAUCGCAAUUGUCAGACCCCCUGGACACCAUGCUGAACCGGGAAAUGCUGCAGGAUUUUGUCUUUUUUCUAAUGUUGCAGUUGCUGCCAAAGCUAUCUUGAGAGAUUACCCCGAAAGCGUUAGAAAAAUUAUUGUGCUUGACUGGGAUGUUCAUCACGGUAAUGGUACUCAACGCGCCUUUUACAACGAUCCCCGCGUUUUGUAUAUGUCUUUACAUCGUUACGAAGGCGGAAAAUUUUAUCCCGGAACUGAUUAUGGGUCUCACACAAAGGUUGGCGAAGGAAAUGGUGAAGGCUACAAUGUCAAUAUUCCUUGGUCUGCAGCUGGAAUGGGUGAUGCGGAUUAUAUUUACGCUAUGAACAGGGUAAUUUUGCCUAUUGCAAUUGAAUUUGACCCUGACUUGGUCAUUAUCUCAUCUGGUUUUGAUGCUGCAGAAGGUGACCCCAUUGGAGGCUAUCACUUGACACCAAACGCAUAUGGAUAUUUAACUCAUAUGAUGAAGGUUUUAGCGAACGGAAAUCUUGUUGUUGUGAUGGAAGGAGGAUACAAUCUAGAUUCCAUUGCAAAAAGUGCUCUUGCUGUUACAAAAGUUUUAGUUGGUGAAAUCCCCGGCCGACCUCUAACAAAAAUUCCUCAGCAUUCUGCAGUCCAAGAUAUAAGUGAUGUCAUUCGCGAGCAAUCAAAAUAUUGGGAAUGCAUGCGCCAUGGAUAUCAUGCUGUUGAUUUCAAACACACUGAAGAAACUGUUUUCAUUCCAGACGUUAUUCGAUCAUAUCAAUCAAAGGACUUGUUUGAAAAGCACCGUAUGACUCCUUUACCAAUCCUCAAGGACAAAAUUCAAGACACAAUUGAAGCACAAAUCUUAGCAACACCAGACAUUCAUAAAGAAAAUACUCUUAUUGUCAUAAUUCACGACACUCCAGAAAUAUGGGCAGAAAGAAGACCUUUGUUAGGAACAAUAGACCCCUCACAGUCAUUGAUGAUCGACGCGUCACGGCAAGUUAUUGAUUGGGCACGUGAGAAAAAAUAUGGAGUUGUGGAUGUCACGGUUCCUGGAAUUGCAGGUAUCAGUCAUUCUUCAAGUUAUUCUAUUGGCUCUGGCUCACAAGACUUGUGCAUAUAUUUAUGGGAUGAGUAUAUGGAAAAUUUUGCUGCUCGAAAUAUUGCUUUUGUUGGUAUUGGUGAAGCUUACGCCGGUAUAGUAUAUUUGGCAGGCCAUCGCGAUCUUCGCACUCGAGUAAAGGCACUAAUAGCCUUUGUUGAUGAUAUGCCUUUGCGUGCAAUAACACCAGUUAUAGACGAAUAUAUUUCGGAGUGGUUCUUUCAAAAUUCUCUCUUUUUUACUUCGCAUGAACACAGCGUCUGGGACACUUCUGUAAAUCCUAAAAAGCCUAGAAGGAAAUUUGGUCGUGUUAUUCGUUCUAAUAGCAUUGGUGCUGCAAGAGUAGCACGUGAAAGAUUUGAAGAGGCAUCGGAGUAUUUAGAAGAGGUUUUGGAAGAGGUAGAAGAAGGUGAAUCAUCUACAGCCACUGAAGAAAAAUAA